AUGUACACACGCGCGAAGCAGGUGGCAGUAGAUUACGGCUGCAUCAGUCGUUUGCGCUCACCCAAGCUCUUCACACGUUCCUCGAUACUAGUUAGUACUUCUGACAAGAUGUGGGAUGACGUUGUGGAAGAAGAUAAGCCUGCGGAAGCCGCGCCGGCCGCCGAGCCAGCGGCGGUGAGUACUGAAGGAGCUCCAGCAGAGCAAACUGCAGCUGAAGUAGCGGAACCACCACCGCCAGAAGCCCCUGUUCGUGGUACUGAGCCCAGAAGACUAGUUUGCAAACAUUGGGUCAGACCAAAAUUCUUUCAGUAUAAUUAUAUUUACGACUAUCAAAAAAAUUACUAUGAUGAUCUAAUAAACUACCUGGAUAAACGUAACCACGGAAUACCCGUCGAGAGGCCUGUCCCGCAGACUUGGGGCGAGCGUGCCCUCCGAACCUAUCUUUCAAAAGGCUACAGCUACAGCACCAAAAAGUACAGCAAGGACACGACUCUCCUGAAUCACAUCUCAGUCGGUGCCAAAUUCCAGCGUGCCCACACAAAAUCUCUUAUCUCGAGGAAGUAUUCCAAACUUGGAAUUAACUCCGUAUACCUA